UAAUGAGGAACUUAAACAUCCCAAUUUGAGAUUUGGACCUAGUCCAAUUAAUUGAAUCCUACAGGAACCCUUUUGUGAACCAAAAGUAUUGAGUAUUUUCAAUGCGUCAUUGUUUUUCUAGCAUGAGAUAUUUUAUUUCUUUUAAUUUCUAUUUUGAAAGUGUAUUUUCUUGUCUUAAUUAAACAUAAACUCUUGCUGUCAUUGAUCACAUUGACUACUUCAGUUUGAUACCACAGUAUCUGUCAUGCUAAAUAUACAGUGCCUUAAUGUGUAUGGUUUGGUUAAUAGAGAGCUAAUCAUUUCUAAUCAUCAUAUCUUCUUUUAUAAAAUUUGGAUUAAUGGUUUAUAAUCAUGAUUUAAAAAUAAUCUAUGUAUAUGAUGUAUUGUAAGUCUUCAGUUUUAAAACUGAAAAAGGACACAUCAUUAGCACACUUAAGACUUACACUUAUGUAUGUAUUUUGAGUAUCAAUUGAAAUUUAAUUGUUAUUAUUUUAUCCUAUUUAAAUGGGUUUAAAGAUAAAUGAGAAUAUGGAGAACUGGGAAGGACAUUGGUGUAGAGGACAUUCACUACCAUGAGUUCUGGUGUGUUGCCAAAACCUCAGAUGCAUGAUCUUCUGGCCAAAUGCCUGCAGGUUCACAUUGUUGGCACAUUCAUUGUGGCCCUGGGAGUUACUGCUUCCUGUAAGUUUGGCACGUCUGAACCCAGAAAGAAGGCGUAUGCAAAUUUCUACAGGAAUUACAACUCCAUGGAGGACUUUGAAGAGAUGAGGAAGGCUGGUAUCUUCUAGAGUGGGAAGCAACUUCAGAAUGGAUAGAAUUUUUUGGAUUGCACUCGAUAGAAGUUCAUUGCUGACCUUUGUUCCUGAACUAUGAAGCAUGAAUAUGUGAGCUAAGGAGUAGUUUACCUCAAUUAAACAAUUAACAAUUAUAUGGACAAAAAGAACAUAUAUGAGAAUAUAAACACGUUAAUUUAGUCUCUUAAAUUUUCAAAAAAUAAGAGACAAUGUAAGCGAUAUGUAACUAUAAAUUUUUUAAAUAAA